CCAGCAGCUCUGAAGAAGUAGAGGUCUGGGAAUAUGUAUGGGAAGACAGUGGAAUAGGUAUGUUCAUAUGUGGAGGAAAUUCAAUUUGAUUGCUGUAGCCUAUCCCAUCCCACAUAUGGCAGAGACAAUUGUGCCGCUAAAUCAAAAGAUCAUUUAGAGGAUGGACCAGUGGAGUGAAAAGGGCUCCUUAAGAUGGAGGUCAAAGGUCAAGAACGGAAAUCUUAGGGAACUUCCUGUGUGCUUGCAAGAAAAACGGCUGCUGAGGGAGAAGUGGCAGACUGUAGACCCUGACAUCACAUACUGGAGGUCAUGGACACGCAAGCAGGGCACACUCCUAAGGCCCAUCUUACAGCGGGGACAGCUUAUCUUGUCAGCCUUCAAACUCUGGGAGAGAACUAUUUCUGGGAUCAGUGGGAGAUUCGGGUCUGGUAUCUGCUCGUAUUUCUUGUUCCUUCGCUUUCUAAUCUUGCUGAAUCUCAUGUCACUCACCUUAACUGGCGGGUUUCUCAUUAUCCCUAUAUUGUUUUCUGAGAAAGAAGUCAAUAUGGAUCAACCAGAUCUGCCGUGUAGACGCAUUCUUCCCCCACGCAACAUGUCUGCAUGGAGUUUCUUUACAGCAGAGGGUUACCUGGAGAAUUCAUUCAUGUUCUAUGGAUUUUAUUCUGAAAGGAAAAUGCCAUUUUCCUGGUUAAAUAUAAGUCAUGUGUAUCUGCUUAUUCCCCUUAUCUAUUUGCUGCUCUGCGGCCUCAGCCUCCUGCGACACACAAUGCAUGGAGUAACCCUGAGGCAAGUGUGGAGCGGAGGUUACAGAACCCGGAUCAGCAGCAAAGUAUUUGCAGGAUGGGACUCAUGUGUGAGAGGAACGGAGGCCUCAGUCCGAAAACAACAGAGUCUGAGUAAUGAAUUCAAGUCUUACCUAGCAGAGGAGCUCUGGUUCAUGAAUAUAUCAGGACUGUCUGGACGUAGAAAGUUGCAUAUCAUUGUUACCCGUGCACUGCUGAAUUGCAUCAUCCUUACACUGAUGGCUGGAGGUUUCUAUUCCAUUCACCUGGCAACUAGCAAAUCACAGGACUAUCAAGGGUCUGUGGGAGAUCCUGUUUUCAGCUUCAUGACACAGUACCUGUCUCCAAUUGUCAUUUCUCUCGUCCUCAUGAUCCUGCCUCCAAUUUUUAAGUUGCUUGUAAGAUUUGAAGGUCAAUCACCCAGUGAUGAGAUCACACUGACCCUGAUCAGGUGUGUGUUCCUCAGACUUGGCACCUUGGCGAUUUUCCUCUUCUCUUUAGGACAGAAGAUUCUCUGUUUGGGGAGCUCUGAGUCAUACUGUACAACCUGCGGCUACAAUACAAACUAUGAGUGCUGGGAGACGACUGUGGGUCAAGAAUUCUACAAGCUUUCCAUGUUCCACUUCAUUAAUGAGUUAGCAUCGUUCUUGCUGCUACAGCUUCCCCGCUGGUUCCUUGUGUCUCGUUACCAGUACUUCAUUUUUCCCUGUAUUGGCCAGGAAACGUUCCAGGUGUCUCAGAAUGUACUUGAUGUGGUGUAUGGGCAGACCCUUGUGUGGGGUGGCUUGUUUUAUGCCCCACUACUCCCUCUGCUCAACGUGAUCUUCAUUUGGAUCACUUUCUACAUUAAAAAGUUCACACUUUACAGGCUGUGUGGUGUGUCUCAGCAACUGUUCCGAGCCUCCUCCUCCAAAAUCUUCUUCCACUUUGUUUUGUUCCUUGGUUUGAUGACAAUAUUUCUGCCACUGAUAUAUAUGGUGACAAGUGCUCGACCUUCCCAUUCCUGUGGUUUGUUCACAAAUUAUACUACUGCAUGGGAGGCCGUACAGAACAGCGCAAGGGCAACGCUUCAUCCUGUAUUCCUGGCUGUACUGGACAUCAUCUCUUCAGAUCUCUUUGCCUAUGUAUUGCUCAUCAUUCUCAGCAUUCUGCUCACCUCUUUUGUCUCAAGAGUCCGUCAAUAUGAAGAGGCCAUAGACAAGAUGAAGGAUUACCUGUCCUAUCAAAUAGAGGACAAAAUAUUCCUGGUACACAGGUUGCAAGAAGAGCAAGAAUUUCAAGAUCAAAAUAGUUCAUCCAGUGAAAUACCUACUGAAACAGCAUGCGAACAGCAUGAUAAUCCCAUCAAAACAUCAUGUGAAAGUUUUGAAAUCCACACUGAGGCAUCAUUUGACAAUUUGUCUACACCAGUGGAAUCAUGUAACUGGAAUGAAUGCCCACCUGAGGCACCAUGUGACUAGUAUCACUAUACUUAUAUAUGACUAAUCUGUCUAAUUUCCUUACUAGGGAAUUUCAUGAUUUGUAGACAUCUUGUGACUGACACAUGCACCCACUAGGGCAUCAAGUGAAUAUUCUAGAUGCCAAACAAAAUUAUUGUGAUGAUCAUACCUGCAUUGCUGUGGAACCAAGUGUUUGUCAUUCGACUCUCAAUCAGGCUUUAUAUAAACAGCUCAACCUUCCCAUUAAGCCAUCAUGCUCCCUUCCAUUAAAGAAUCAUAUGACUGACACAGAUUUACAAGUGAGACAUCAUGUGACUAGGACUUGUCCAAUGAGACAUCAUGUGAUUGAUAUGGCUCUCCAGUAAGGCCAACUUGUGUUCUGCAUGGCUAAAUUUUCUGAUAUUUUGCAUAGUUAUUUCAGCUCUUUACAUACAACAGAGAACUUUUUCCUUUUUGUCUAUACUUGCUAUAUAUAGAUAAAGAAACACAAAGGAAGUGAGGCAGCUGCAGUGCAUUAUAAGCUUUUAUAACAGAAAAACAAUAAAUGUAUUCCCAUAGACUUUGGCACAUUCCUAGAAAAGAAAAUUGAAACAAAGAGAAUUGUGGGACACAUCAUCCAUCAUCAUGAGUUUAUAUUUGCAGUUUAUUUUGGUCUUUUGUGGUCUUCUCUCUAGCAGAUGGCCACAGUGUAUGUGAGUACAUUAACUAGUGAUUUAGUUACACGAUCUACCCUUCUUGUGUUUAUUGUGUUUUCUAUACUGAUUGUUGAUACCACAUUGGAAUUGAUCAUUUAGGAACACUGUCAAGCAAUCUGAAGACCAAGUCAAGGUCAAGGUUGUUACAAGCAUUUCAAUAGUAUGGACUAAUGUUCUGGGACUUUGCAUACAGAAUGUAUUAUUUUAUAAGCGAAUCUAUUAGUCCUCUUUUAAUUGUUAACAGGACACUUUUAUUUGAGUGACGUGUGUGCGUGUGAGAUGAUGUACACAAUACAUUUACAGAUAUUGAUACAAAAAUUAGAAUUUUUGUACCUGUCAGCAUAUGCAGGAGUGUGUAUGCACUGGGAAAAUAAAGAACACCUUAGAUGAAAGAAAAGCAUAUGCUUCUAUGAAUCAUUGUGAGUAGAGAGGAACACAUCUGUAAAUCAUGGUAAAUAUAUGCAAUAUACAGUAUAUUAAAAGUUUUUUCCUCUGCA